GUUCGCUGCUUUAUCUUCGGCGCCGCUGUUCUAUUUCAUUGGCCCCGGCGCCCAGAGCUCGGGAAGGCAGAGGGUGGGCGUGGAGAGUGCCGCGAGGCCCGAGGCAAGUCGGGGCGCACACUCUGGCCCAGAAGAAGACGGACUGCGAGAGGCGAGAAAUUGCGGCGAAUCGGAAGGGGCACGCUCUCGGGGGUUCGGCGGUAG